CCGUUAUCACUAUUCGCUGUCUGGUGCGAAACACAUAGGGUUUUUUCAAACGAAUAAAUACCAUUUGUUGGUGCCGUUUCAGCCAAGCGGCAAAUAUCAUAGCUUUGAUCUGUAUUGGGUAGGUUGGGUUACGGAUGAUAAAGGCGGAGUUAUUCGUAAUGGGGGCCUCGUGAUUGGUCGGGUGGGAUCAGGGGGGACAGAGAGAGGCGCCGCGGCGUGGGUCGAAGAUUGUCAGCCUCGCCAUUGUGAGUCCGGCCGGCGCGGCGCGAGUGUCUCGGGGUGCAGUGACGUGGACUGUAUGGACAAAAUGUUGGAAUUUUACACAAAUAUGAACGCGGGAUUGAUGCAGGACGGGAUGCAGCCUCCGCUCUCGUGCUCGGGAAGGACAGAACUGAGCGCAAGUAUCAAACGGGAAAAAAUAGUGGAAAUCUGCGAAGGAUGCGGACAAAAGAUACAAGACAGAUACCUGAUGCGGGUCGGCGAGCUGUCGUGGCACGAGCACUGUCUCAGCUGCUGCGUGUGCGGCUGCCCGCUCGCGCACACCUGCUUCACGCGCAACGCCAAGCUCUACUGCAAACCCGACUACGACAGAUUAUUUGGAGUUAAAUGCACGAGAUGCGGUGAUCGCCUCCUUCCACAAGAAAUGGUCAUGCGAGCUCAACAGUACGUUUUCCACAUUCAGUGCUUCGUGUGCGUCAUGUGCUGCCAACCUCUUCAAAAAGGCGAACAGUACGUAAUAAGGGCGGGCCAAAUAUUUUGUCGACAAGACUUUGAAAAAGAAAUGUAUCUGAUGCAGCACGCUGAAGAUGACAUGAUCAUAGACGACUCGGAGCGGCCGCGGGAUGGACGCCGGGGACCGAAGCGCCCUCGCACUAUUUUAACAUCUGCCCAAAGGAGGCAGUUCAAAGCGUCAUUCGAAGUUAGUCCUAAACCGUGCCGCAAAGUUAGAGAAGCUCUCGCAAAAGACACUGGAUUGAGUGUGCGAGUAGUACAAGUAUGGUUUCAAAACCAAAGAGCUAAAAUGAAAAAAAUCCAAAGAAAAGCAAAGCAAGAGGGAGAUAAAAAUAAUGACAAAGAUAAAGAUAAAGAUGAGAAAAGUAUCAAACAGGAAUCUCCGUCGAGUGAGCAUGGGAACUACUUAGGGCUUGACGGAUCGUACUCAGCGUCCAGCCAACCCCUUAAUCCGAAUCUGCCGUACUCACCCGAUGACUAUCCAGCACAUUCUGGAGACAGUUUUUGCAGUUCCGACAUAUCAUUAGACGGUAGCAACUUCGAUCAACUCGACGAAGGUGCUUCCGACACCAUGAGUUUACAAAACUUAGAAGUCCAGCAUCACUCUCACCAGCACGGCGGGCACACUGCUCACGAACCCCUGAACUUAGGCACGGGCGCGGUGGUGAAUCCCAUAGACAAAUUAUACCUUAUGCAGAAUUCGUAUUUUAGUACUGAUCACUGAUUCGGGAGCAGAGGCGCGGCCCGGCGGCAUCGCAGGCGGCUCCGCGGCCCAUCCGCGUCAGCCACGGCCCGCAAUGCACAACCCAAUAUGUUCAAUGCAACUACCAAUUCUUUAUGGAACUCACUUGUGGACUUAAAUAACUAUU